AUGACGUCCUUCCUUCAUUGCUUUAUUCUCUUUUGCUCAGCAGUCUUGACCCAAUCGAUAAUCACCCCCUCACUAGCCAAAACUUCAUCAUUCAAACCCAAGGCCCUUGUUCUUCAAGUAGCAAAAGACGCUUCUACUCUCCAAUACCUCACUACCAUCAAGCAAAGAACCCCUCUAGUCCCCAUAAAACUAACCAUAGCUCUUGGUGGUCUAUCCCUUUGGGUGGACUGUGAGAAAGGCAACAUCUCAUCCACCUACAAGCCUGCACAAUGCGGCUCGUCCCAAUGCCAACUUGCCGAGUCCAAGUCUUGCACUACAGAGUGCUUCAGUUCUCCUAAGCCAGGGUGCUACAACAACACAUGUGACAAUGUCCCAGACAACCCUCUAGCCGCCGUAAUCACCGGCGGCGGUCAACUUGGUCAAGAUGUCGUGUCUCUCUCUUCUACAGAUGGGUCCAAUCCUGGUAGGGUUGUUUCUACACCCAACCUCCUCUUUAGUUGGGGUGACACAUCACUUUUGAAUGGCCUAGCCAAUGGUGUCAAGGGCAUGGCCGGUCUCGGCAGGUCCAAAGUUGGAAUUCCCUCUCAGAUGGCUUCCGCUUUUCACUUCCAAAGAAAAUUCGCCCUUUGCUUGUCCUUUUUUACAAGAUCAAGGUCUGCCCCAAAUGGCGUCAUUUUCUUCGGGGGUGGGCCUUAUGUUAUCCUUCUUGGCAUCGACAUCUCUAAGUCACUUACCUUCACGAAAUUGAUCCUCAACCCCGUGAGCACCGCAGGUUCUUAUUUCAUGGGCGACCCUUCGACAGACUACUUCGUCGAAGUAAAGUCAAUUAAGAUCAAUGGCAAGGUUGUUUCAUUCAACUCUACUUCAUUGCUAAACAUCAACACUGAAGGCUAUGGUGGCACAAAGAUUAGCACCUUGAAGCUUUACACGGUCUUGGAGACCUCAAUCUACAGGGCCGUGAUCAAUGCUUUUGUGAAACAAAUUUCUCGCAUACCAAGAGCGAAACCAGUAGCACCUUUCGGAGCUUGCUUCAACUCAACGAGCAUCGGUAGCACUCGUGUUGGCACGGCAGUGCCUCCCAUUGACCUUGUUCUGAGCAAAGGAGUGUACUGGAGGUUCUAUGGUGCAAACUCAAUGGUGCAAGUGAGCAAGGACGUAUUGUGUUUGGGAUUUGUGGAUGGUGGUGUUAGGCCAAGGAAUUCAGUUGUGAUUGGAGGGCAUCAAUUGGAGGACAAUCUUUUGCAGUUUGAUUUGGCUAAUAAGAGGCUAGGGUUUAGCUCCUCAUUGUUGUUUAGACAAAGUACUUGUGCCAACUUCAACUUCACGUCCACUUCUUAA